AUGAGCAUCACUAUCACCGUGGAGAAGGACGGCUUCUACGAGAUUAACGGCGAGAGCCGCGAGCCCAUCGUGAAUCUCUUUAUGAUUGCCGGCGCUGCCAAACUCCGCAAAGCGAUUCGCGAUACAGAGGAGCUGAUCAUCUGCCCCGGAGUCUACGAUGGCCUCUCCGCGCGCAUUGCCAUGGAACUGGGCUUCAAGGCCCUCUACAUGACUGGCGCGGGUACAACUGCUUCCAGACUCGGUAUGGCAGAUCUCGGACUGGCCCAUCUCCACGACAUGAAGACCAAUGCGGAGAUGAUCGCCAGCCUGGAUCCCUUUGGCCCCCCUCUGAUCGCCGAUAUGGAUACCGGCUACGGAGGCCCUCUCAUGGUUGCCAAGUCCGUGCAACAGUACAUUCAAGCCGGCGUGGCUGGCUUCCACAUUGAGGACCAGAUCCAGAACAAGCGCUGCGGCCAUCUUGCCGGCAAGAAGGUCGUCGACCUGGACGAGUAUCUCAUGCGCAUCCGCGCCGCAAAGAUGACCAAGGACCGUCUGCGCUCGAAUAUUGUGCUGAUUGCGCGCACUGAUGCGCUGCAGCAGCACGGCUACGACGAGUGCAUCCGCCGUCUCAAAGCCGCACGGGACAUUGGCGCAGACGUGGGUCUGCUGGAGGGAUUCACGUCAAAGGAGAUGGCCCGCCAGGCGGUUCAAGAUCUGGCCCCCUGGCCGCUGCUGCUCAACAUGGUGGAGAACGGAGCCGGACCGGUGAUUACCACACAGGAGGCGAAGGAGAUGGGAUUCCGGAUCAUGAUCUUCUCCUUUGCCUCGUUGGCGCCCGCAUACCUGGGCAUCAAGUCGGCGCUGGAGAGAUUGAAGAAGGAUGGUGUCACAGGUAUCCCUGACGGACUGGGGCCCAAGAAGCUGUUUGAGGUCUGUGGGUUGGCCGAUUCGAUGAAGAUUGAUACAGAGGCUGGGGGCAACGGGUUUACCAACGGCGUCUGA